GAUUGAUAAAGAUGGGACGAUUGCUCCGGUCGAGCGAAUUUUUUUUGUCGUCCGGUGGAUGGACGAUCUAGUCCGGUCAGGCCUUCAGUAAUGUCGCAGAUCUAGUCGGGAGAAGGCUCUUUUCUUUACGCACGAUCGUCCGCGCUCAUUCUUUUUUUCUCUCUUCCCAUCUCCGUCAUCCUCGACAGCACGAACGAUCGAAUCAAGUUAGGCAGGUUCGUCUCGCCGCACGAUCAAGUUCAAUACAAUUAUACUGUGCAAGUAGUGAUCGGUUUGGGGAAAACCCAGAGCGGCAAGUAUACCACCGCUUAAUCGAUUCUAGUCAGCAACCAACGUCAGUGCAAAGUGACGGAACACACGGAAGCAAGUCGAGAUGAUCCGGUGCGACAUAUUAUGCUUCAUCGCAGCCUGUGUCGUUGUUAUCAAUUUGUGCACGGUCUCGCCUGCUCCCAGAGCACAAUUUAACGGCCAAAUUCAAGGGAAUUUUCCACUGUUGUAUGUUUUAGUGACUCCUAGCCGUCCUCAAUCACCGUACAAGGACGGACAACGUGAGGGACCGGACGGGAAUUCGGAAUUGUUUGCAUUUCCUGCUGAUCCGUCAAUGAUCGAAUCGAUGCACAAUGCUAGAAAUCGAACCCCGGUGUAUAUCCCGAACAAAUGUCAGAAAAAUGAAAUACUUUACCCAGGCGACCAGGAAAGAGACUGGGUCUGUGAUUGCAAACCAACCUACGUCUACCAUCCACCGACGCGCCAGUGCUACGAAAUGUACACCCAGGGAUACUGCGAGAACGGUACCAUGAUUUAUCUGGCCCCAAAAGCGAAACAUCCAGAUUGCAUCCCGAACCAGUGCUACAACCCACGGUAUCCGAACGGUUCACUGGUGUUCUACAACGGAAGUUGCGUCCUGUUGAACGAGUACCAUCCCAGUUGCAACAUCGGUCAGCUUAGACAGGUCGUCGGAAUUAACGAGACGACUCACGAACUGGGUUGUUUGAACAUUUCCGGCGUCAAGGUGAAAGAACUGAUGGGAUCGACCGGUAGUCAGUCGAGCCUGGAUAGAUCGUAAAGUUCAAAUAAGCGCCCAGAUUUAGCGUGCAAUAAAGCAACCUUUUUGUAAAAUUGUA